AUGCACCUCACGCCUUGCCUCGUGCUCUCUGUGCUGGGGUUAGCCAGCUUCACCCAACGGUCCUGCGCCCAAGAUGCACGCAAACCAAUCCCUUACAAGAUUCAAAAGCCGCCCCUCGACACGCCUUGGACCUACAAAGUUGGAACAGACCCAUGGCCCGAGCACCCCCGCCCGCAGCUUGUCCGCGACGCCUGGCAGAGCCUGAACGGAAUCUGGACGUACCAGCCGGCAGAGGAGAAGAAGGGCGUCAAGUUUCUCCCGGGAAGCCCUCUUGAGCGCGAGGUCCUCAUCCCGUCGUGCAUCGAGAGCGGCCUGUCCGGAUUGCAAGAAUUGAACGUCACGCGGAUGUGGUUCGCAACUACGUUCGAGGUCCCUGCAGACUGGGAAGGGCAAAUCGUCAUGCUUCACUUUGAAGCCGUAGACUACGAGGCCAAGAUUUUUGUCAACGGUGAACGUGUUGGCUCCCAUGUCGGAGGAUAUUCUCGCUUUAGUCUUGAUGUCACUCGACAUCUGCGGCGAGAGGGGGCGAACGACUUACUUGUUCACGUUCAUGACCCUACAGACGUGAAACCGCAUGUCAUCCCCGUCGGCAAGCAAUCCAAAAAUCCGCGGCAUAUCUGGUACAGGCCCUGCUCGGGUAUCUGGCAGCAAGUCUGGCUCGAGAGCGUGCCGGUCAAUCACAUUACACAACUGGACAUUGAAGCAAAGAUGGAUGGCAAAUUGGUGGUCUUUGCCCACAAUUCGCAAGCGCAGAUAUCCCCGCAUGUCGAGCUGUCUGUCUACGAUGCCGACGGCAAGCUUGUGGUCAAGGGCUCGGGCCAAUCCAAUAGUCCCUUCGAAGUCCAGGUCAAGAGCCCUCGCCUGUGGUCUCCUUCUCACCCGGUGCUGUACCGACUUUCUCUCACAAUGGGCAGUGACCAGAUAUCCAGCUAUGCUGGAUUUCGCAGCAUCUCAAGAGGUGUAGUUGAUGGAAUCCCCCGACCUCUCCUGAAUGGCGAGUUCAUCUUCCAAUUUGGAACCCUAGACCAAGGGUACUGGCCAGAUGGCCUCUACACACCGCCAAGCCGCGACGCCCUCAUUUACGACCUGCGCGUGCUCAAAAGCCUCGGAUUUAAUAUGCUGCGCAAGCAUAUCAAGAUUGAGCCUGACUUGUUCUAUCACGCCUGUGACGAAUUGGGGUUGAUGGUGGUGCAAGACAUGCCAAGCUUGCCGCCAGACGAUGCAGGCACGGGUCAUCCGGAUGCUGCGCAGCAGGAAGAAUACCAACGCCAGAUAGAGACCCUUGUUCAGCAACACAAGAAUUUCCCCUCCAUUGUCACAUGGGUCAUCUAUAACGAGGGCUGGGGGCAGCUGCGGUCUCCUCCCUGGCCGGAGGAGAAGCUGGUCGAUAUCAUACGCGGCCUCGACCCGACAAGGCUCGUUGAUGCCGUGAGCGGAUGGUUCGAUCACGGAUUCGGUGAUUUUGCGGACAACCAUCAUUACACGGGCCCCCAGUGUGGCGUACCACCUUACGACACCCGCCGCGUCUCCUUACAGGGCGAGUUCGGCGGCAUCGGGCACAAUGUCUCGAUCGAGCAUCUGUGGGACGUCAAGCAGGCCAUAGACGGCAUUGAUGAAACGUACGAAAUUGUGAAGGACCUCAAGGCGUACAAUCAACGAUCAGGCGACCUGCUUCAUGAGCUUCGGCAGCAGAUUGAGCAGCACGCCUGCAGCGGCGGGGUCUGGACGCAGACGACCGACGUCGAGGGCGAGGUCAACGGGCUGCUGACUUAUGAUCGACGCAUUUUACGUCCGUACAUAGGGCAGUGGCGGAAAGAUAUCGCGGCUUUGUAUGAGGCUGCGAGGGCAAGGCUUGGAAAGACGUGA